UCUAACCAUAGAAGUACACCUGAAGAUUUGAUCAUCAAGAUCUGAAAUCGGGCCAUCGUUAAUGAACGGCCACGAUUCUUCAAAGUUCCUAAGAAGGGUAUUCUCGUUAAUAUAGAAAAGGAUAAGGUUAAAAGUGGAUUUUUGUCAUUAGAUUCCAACCCUAUAAAUAUCAACAGAAGUAGCUCCCUACCUCGCUUUCUUUCUCGUUUGCUCACGAGAUUCAUCCUUUCUCUUCCUCUUCUUCUUCUUCUUCUUCUUCUUCUUCUCUCUCUCUCUCUCUCUCUCUGGUUUCCGCCAUGAAAGGCCCAGGUCCUCCUCGACUGAAGAAGCCUCCAUUGCAGCAGAAGCUCAAACUCCUUUGUAGCCUUGGGGGUUCUUUUGCGCCUCGCCAUCCAUCUGGCGAACUCCGGUUCGUUGGCGGCGAGACUCGCAUCAUCUCCGUCGACCGACGUGGUAUCAAUUUAUCAAAAAUUCUAUGGAGGAUUUCCGAUUUCAGUGGUAAUGGCAACUUCUCCCUCUUCUACCAGCUGCCUAAGCCGCCUUCUCUUAGACCAGAGGAAGCCCCGCCUAGGCUGAUCUUGAUUGAGACUGAUGAGGAUGUUCGCCGGAUGGUGGAGGAUCACGAUCGGCUCGCUACGAUGGGUAAGGUCUCUCGGCUUAGGGUUUUCAUUUACUAUGCGACAUCGUCUCUCUACGGGUACGCUGCUACUACUGGAUUCUGUUCGCAAUUAGGGCAUGAUGAUCAUAUUCAAAAUGGGAUAUUGAAGGAGGAAUUGGGAUCAGGGAAUGUGAAUUUAAAGACAAAAUCGAGUGAAGUUCAUAAUUCUAGUGAUUUGUGUGGUACAAGGGUUUCGGGGACCCAUAUUUCAGCUCCCCAUGGGAAUGCGAAUCCAUACCUCGGUUAUUCUGGCUUUUGCUUGGCUUCAGGGAAUCCUGGUGUGCGUAGUGAGUCUCGAAGGAGGGCCUUUAGGAAAGAUGUAUCUUUGGGGGUUGCUGGGCUUUCCAGCAACGUCAGCGUUGAAUACAAUCAGUGCUCGUCGCUUAGAAACAGGAACAGAGAGAAUAUGAUUCCUUGGAAUCACAGGACGAGAGGGACUUUCAUUGACCAACCUGCUUUCAUCAGUGGCGUAGUGAAUAAGAAGGUUUUGCCAUCCAAGUUCUCUGGUGGACAUUGCAGGACGUCAAACAGUCCUCAGGGCAGGACUAAAAGUCAUAAAUUUGGUGGGAGUAGUGAUAUCAGAUACCAUCGUGGGGGCGCAUCUGAUGCUCGUGGAUAUUUGAGCGUCCUGAGUGAUUCUGGGAUGCAACAAUCAUAUGAUGGCAGCAGGAUUUGUGCUGUUAAACACUAUACUGGGCUCCGGCCAAGAUCGAACAUAUCAAAGCUUGGGCAGGGGAGAUCACAUCAGAAUCAGUUCUCUGUAUUUGGGCAUCAGGGUCCGCAGCCGUUUGAAGAGAGAAGUCUGGCCAGUCAUCCAGGUAUUGUAUGCGGAGACCAGUGCUAUAAUGAGAAGUCUGUGUCACAGUCUGUUGGUUCCUGCUUGCUUUGUGAACAUUCUGUCAGUGAUUUAGGCGCAUCAAUCACCGGAGAGGAUUCCAUGUUCCUUCAUAACUGUGAAAUGCACUCAACUCAUUGUUCUUUAAGUGCCACCAUGCAGUUGCCUACUCAGGGUAAUGAAAGCAAGCAUCUUGCCAUAAAAAAUGGUUGCACUUCAUAUGCUUUAAGUGCUGAGGAAUGUACCUUUGUGGAAUCACCACCAAGAGGAAUUAUGCAUGCAGUAUCCUCUACUCUUGACUUGUCAUGUGAUACCCCAAGGGAUGAUAUCGAUAAAAUUGAUGCAAAUUCAAGAAAUAUUGAGAGAUUUCCUGAAUCUGGCCUUACUGCUCUGUUGGAUCACCUAUGCGAAGCUGUUGGAACAUCGAACAGUCGAAGUAGUUGCGUUGAGUCUCCUUUAGAUGUUUCCAUACAAUACCUGUCCUUAUCCUCGUUGGCCAAAGUUUGUCCAGCAAUUGCCGAUUCUUCUCUCAUUAGCAGUAGGCUGCCCGAACCUGAUCUUUGUGGGAUUUCUUCGCUUCCAAAACAUAGAUCAAGGUUACAUCAAAGUGAAGGCGGUAGUAUGGAGAAUAUUUCCCUGAAAAGCACACUAGUCAUUCCUGACUCUUCUGGAGGGAUUGAUGGUAAUAUUCCAAAGGCUACAUAUCCCUCUGAGGAUGCUUUGGAGUUUAGUUUACAUAAGGAAGUGCUGCAAUCACCAAAUAUUUCAAUGGACAUAUCUCUGGGUACUGAGAAAUUGCUUUCUGGUGGUGGGAAGAACCCGGAAACAUUGAUAAACUCUUCAAAUUUGCAGGAAAAUGCUAGUGCAAUUGGAACAAGAAGCAAUGGCUUGAAAGAUGACGGAGAAACUGCCUCUGGGUUUCCUGCAAUUUGUUAUUCACAUCUAAUUACUCAAGAACUUCAGGCAAUCCAAAGUUCUGAUCUGGAAGAAAUAAGAGAACUGGGCUCAGGCAACUAUGGAGCUGUCUUCUAUGGAAAAUGGAAGGGCUCCGAUGUUGCUAUUAAGGGUUUGAGGCCAAGUUGCUUCAAUGGAGGUGAAUCUGGGGAGGAUCGCUUGGUCUCUGAUUUUUGGAAGGAAGCUCGCUUGCUUGGCCAACUUCACCAUCCAAAUGUGGUGGCACUCUAUGGAGUGGUUUCAGAUGGACCUGUGACAAAUUUGGCUACGGUCACAGAGUACAUGGUGAAUGGUUCUCUGAAGCAAGUUCUGCAAAGGAAAGACAGAACUAUUGACCGUCGUAAGAGGGUGAUUAUAGCCAUGGAUGCAGCAAUUGGUAUGGAAUAUCUUCAUGAGAAAAAUAUUGUUCACUUUGAUCUGAAGUCACACAAUUUCUUGGUAAAUAUGAAGGAUCCUCAACGACCAAUUUGCAAGAUUGGCGAUUUAGGCUUGUCAAAGGUCAAGCAGAGGACAUUAGUAUCUGGUGGGGUUCGAGGGACUAUUCCUUGGAUGGCGCCGGAGCUGAUAAAUGGAAAAAGCAACAUGGUUACAGACAAGGUCGAUGUAUACUCAUUUGGAAUUGUCAUGUGGGAACUUUUAACCAGUGAAGAACCUUAUGAGAAUAUGCGUUCUGAGGAUAUUAUAGCUGGCAUUAUCAAGGGAGAUCUACGACCAGAGAUUCCUAGCUGGUGUGAUCCUGUCUGGAGAUCAUUGAUGGAGAGAUGCUGGUCAUCUGAUCCUUCUUCAAGGCCAGCUUUCUCGGAAGUAUCCAAGGAAUUGCGUGCCAUUGCUGCUUCUCUGAACAUAAAAUAGGACAGUUUAUACAAGGAAAAAAAAAAAGAUCAUGUGAGGUGUUGUUAUUAACCCCUCCAUAGAAUAAGCAAGAUUGUACACUAAAGGUUUUGGUUGUAAACACAAUCUAAUCCAAUCGGCAAUCGGGUGUUACCUGAGCUUAACUGACUUGCUUUGCCGUAUACUGUGGCAAAUAAUGUUGUCUCUGGAGAUCACAAGUUACACAUAUGGGAUGGUGGGGGAAAGUGGAAAUACAAUGCUGUUGUUUGAAGAAGACUUCAAGGUUGGCUUGUUUCCAGUUAAAUCAUAACUAAGUUUCAAGGAAAAGUAUUCACAGAAUGUGGUCAUUUCCUUGUGCUUCUGUAAUAAGUGUGAAUUCUUACUUUGGUACAAUAAUAAAUGAGAA